UGGUCGGUUACAGUAGUAUGAUAAAGUCAAGGGCCCAAAAGGCAAGUCAGGCAACUUGUUUCAGUCUCUCAGACAGUAUUAGACUUAGUUAUUGUGUUCGUGUGUAUGUCAGGAGCAGUCGCCGGGAGGCUUAUAGACGUGUCAGCAAUGGGAGAAAAAAGAGUUGUACCCAAGCCAAUGAAGCAGGUGCUGGAGUGGGAUGUGGCGGUGUCUGAGAAAUUGGUCAAGUAUUUGGAUCAGAAUUAUGGGCCACUUAGCAAAUAUAAGACACAUUUUAAGGGAUUAGAGUACUCAUGUCAUGGAAUACCGUGGUUGAUUGGGACCCCUACCUUCAUCUUUCUCUUCAGCAACUUGGCUUUUAGGCAGCUAUUGGUCAACAUCUUACUUGCUCUCUUCCUUGACAUCGUUGUGGUUUCAGUUGUCAAGGCCAUUACCCGGCGACGGCGUCCACCUGGUAACAAGAAAGAUGAGAUGUUUGCCACAAUAUCAGUUGAUAAGUUUUCUUUUCCAUCUGGGCAUGCUACAAGAGCAGUCAUGUUAAGCGUUCUCUUACCAUUGAAGUAUGACCUGUUCCUGCCUAUAGCAAUACUCAUGAUGGCUUGGAGUGGGGCGGUAUGUGCGUCUCGCCUGUUACUAGAGCGCCACCAUCUCUUGGAUGUUAUUGGUGGUAUUGUGAUUGGUGUCCUAGAAGCUUUCUUCAUGUCUCACAUAUGGCUCUCUUCACAGAGUGCUCAGGGAGUGGUAAACUUCUUUCUGGAUGAGACUCAGGCAGGAGCAAGCUAUGAUGUGUGAAUUUUGUCCAUAGUCUGAGCAGGUGUGUACAGUAUUCUGUAUGGGUUUACUAUAAAAUAACUGAAGGUGAAACUGUAUUUUGUUUUUAGUUCCAUACUUUUGUUUUUAAUAUAUUUGUAUUUUUUUUCAGUGUUGUCUAAGACCUUGUGUGAAAAUAUAGAAAUGUAAAGGAAAUAUGAAACCAGGUAACUGUUAAGUAAUGACUACAUAUAGGUGCUGUAUAUAUUUCACAUCAGGUGUAGCUUUGUGAAGAUAUUGGAAGAAGGCAAAAAAAGGGAAAUUUCCAGUAGGAGUUAAGACAUUCAAGAGACUGACAGAGAAUGUGUACAGUAUUAUAUUAUUUUAUUAGUAAAGGAAUUGAGUCCCAGGUGUGCAUAUUUAACUCAGGGACAACUAGCACAAUCAGAUUUUUAUUCAGGAUAUUAUCUUAUCAUCAGUGUCUUACAUCUCUGCUGGUAAAUCAUACAGUAUGUCUAUAGAUAUCAGUUGCUCAUGAUAGUCUUUGUUUCCAGUGAAGAAACAAUAAUUUAUUAUACAGAUGAACCUCUCUAAUCCGGCAGUCAUGGGACCCGAUACCUUCUUGGAUGAAACAAUUUGCCAGAUCACAGGUGGUCACUUAAGAAUAACUUGAAAGAAUGAAAUAGUAAAGGAAAAUAGGUACAGUGUUUUUAUUAGCUUACCCUAAAGUGAUAUUCUUCUUCAUAAUAACACCUAAAAAGCUAAAAAUAAUUAUGAUAAAAUAUAAUGCUGUAAUAAAUAAAAAUUUACAGUACAGUACUUAAAAUAACAAUGGUGUUGAGAAGAGGAGGAAGCUAUAAAGACCAUAUAAUCUCUGUAAAAAUGCCUGUCUAUAUUUAUUAUGUUUGUGUUUAGUGAAAUAUUUGAUGGUUCACCUGGAAAAUACUGUACUGUACUUCUAUAUUGCCAACACUCAACUAAACAUUCUACUAUAGAUACAGAAUAUAAAAAUUAACACAGCCAAGAGACAUCCAAACAAAGUAAACAAUAUGGCUGCAUUGAGAUGGGAGAAGGUGCUAAGAACUGAACUAAUCAUACCAGACCAUGGGAGGUGAACUAACAUUCCCCAAAUUGUCCAGACCACAUGUGGUUCUGGAUAAUAGAAUACUGUAUUGGAUUUGAGAAGUUCAACUGUAUGAUCACCUCUGACGUGAUGUAUAUAGUGUACUGUAUUGCAUAGUGUACAAGUGGGAAACUCUCUUGCUACUCAAAUUGGGAAUCAGACCAGUGACCAUUUGUGUACAGUACUGUGUGAAUUUUUUCCCAGCCGAGUCCGAGAGCCACCGUGUUUCUUCAGUGCAUAUAAGAAGUUGCACUUGUAUGUUGUUUAUAUUGAAUGGGAUGAUGGUAGUUCUACAGGUUGAGACACAUUAUUGUCCCAAACUUAUUUUCUACCUUUUCCCUAAAUCACAGAGGGAUCGCUUUUCUCUCUCUGAGGGAUUGAGUGAACAGUAUUUUCUUCAUAAUUUUACUGAGUUGUGGUGGAUAUUUAGGAAUUUUUUGCUCUAUAGUAAUUUGGUUAGUUGUAUUUUAUAUUAAGACUCGAUUAUGUUUUAUUUGAUGUUGACGAUUUGUUAAUAACGAAACACUUGUUAUUCUGUUAUCCUUUAUGUUUGCUAAGUUUUUUAAUUUAUCAGGAUAUAAAUGGUAACUAAGAAUGAAAGAAACAAUAAAUAAAACAGCUUUAAGAGGGACAGAUUGGUAUUGUUUGAUGUGAUGCCUUUUUAUGUUGUUUUGAUGUUCAAGAGAAAGGCCUUCUUUAAAAGUACUUGAAAUCAAAAAAGUUUUGUCAUAAUGUAAUGUAUAAUAAAUAAAACUGGAGAAUUUUAAA